AACUCCGGAUUGAGUGAGUAAUGAAUACUCUUCCGUUGGAAAUGUAUCCUCCAGCAGAGAUUUAAAGGAAAUGUCGCUUGGCGAAGCCGCAGUGAUGGCGGCGGCGACGGGUCCGCCACCAUUUGUUCUACAUACCUGCGAUUUAGCGAGAGCGACGGUGCUGCAUCCUUUCCCCCGUGGCCGCAUCAUGCAUGCGGCUAAGCUUCUUAGUUGCAGGAGGAGAAGGGCGGUGGGUGUGUUAGUUCGAAGCUCUUAUACUCGAAGGCCCAUGGACACCGCCGGCGCUUACGAGCUUGUUGACAAAGAAUCUGGUGAGAAAUUCAUAGUUUGGGGAGGAGUUGAGAACGGUGAUGAAUUAUCUGAUGUCCCUUCUAAGGAUCUCCUCUCCGCUUGGAAAGCCAACAAGCCUGCAAACGGCACUAAUGGCGGAAACUUCAAAGCAUCUAAGAUUGCACCGGGGCAAAGUUUUAGCAGACUUAAAUUCCAUAAAAUGAGACAUCUUGUGAGGAAAAAAUAUACAAAUAAGGAAGAAGGUGGUUUUCAUAAUCGUGAUUCACAGAAUGUUAGGGUGUCUAUGAAAUCUGGGUUUGACCAUUCAGGGAGGCAUGAGAGCUUUGACAUUCCCAAUGAUAGUUCCAGUUCUGAACAAUCAAUAGAUUCAGAAGUUCUCCUGCAAACGCUGAGGAGAAGGAUGGCCAAGGAUUGCGACAAUGCAACUGCUGGAAACAAAAUAAAGCAGCUUCAAAAUCAAAACAAGGACUCUGAUACCAAACCUAAGGCCCAUAAUCUUUCUUCUUUAAAAGAUGCUUCAACAGACUCUGUUGAUCACAUGGUAAGAUGGGGUAACAAAAAUGAUUCAUACGACAAAAAGAGGACCUUGUAUGAGGGCAGUAAUUUUUUCAGCAAAAGAUCAUUUCGCGAUUUGGGGUGCAGUGACUUCUUGAUUAAAUCUUUAAGGAAGCAGAUGUUUGAAAGCCCUUCCCAUAUCCAGGCAAUGGCAUUUGAACAUGUCCUUGAAGGAAAGAGCUGCAUUAUAUCUGAUCAGAGUGGCUCAGGAAAGACUUUGGCAUUUCUUCUUCCACUUAUUCAACGCCUUAGAGAACAAGAGCUCCAAGGACUUCAUAAACCCUCAUCACAAAAUCCUAAGGUCAUUGUAUUGACACCAACGGCAGAGUUGGCUUCUCAGGUUUUGAAUGUUUGCCGAUCUUUUUCAAAAUCUGGUGUUCCUUUUCGGUCUGCUGUUGUUACCGGUGGGUUUCGGCAGAGAACACAACUGGAGAAUCUUAGGCACGAGCUAGAUGUUUUGAUAGCUACACCUGGGCGAUUUAUGUUUCUAGUUAAAGAGGGCCACUUGCAUUUAACAAACCUUCAUUGCGCCGUGUUGGAUGAGGUAGACAUUCUCUUUAAGGAUGAAGAAUUUGAGACUGCGCUUGAGUGUCUGGUUAACUCCUCACCUGUCACUACACAAUUUCUAUUUGUGACUGCAACUUUGCCAGUUGAUAUAUACAACAAGUUGAUCGAAAACUUCCCUGAUUGUGAGCUUAUAACGGGUCCUGGUAUGCAUCGGACCAGUACUGGCUUAGAGGAGAUCCUUGUAGAUUGUAGCGGAGGGGAUGAACAAGAAAAAAGCCCAGAAACAGCAUUUCUCAACAAGAAAAAUGCUCUUUUGCAAUUAGCAGAGGAAAGCCCAGUUCCCAAGACAAUUGUUUUCUGUAACAAGAUUGAUAGCUGCAGACAAGUUGAAAAUGCGCUGAAACGCUUUGACAGGAAGGAAUCCUCGGUUAGAGUACUACCUUUUCAUGCUGCUUUGGAUCAAGAAACAAGGAUCGCUUGUAUGAAAGAAUUUUGUAGCCCUCAGCCGAAGAACACCUCUCUAUUCUUGGUUUGCACGGACAGAGCGUCUAGAGGUAUUGACUUUACGGGUGUGGACCAUGUAGUGCUCUUUGACUUUCCUCGCGAUCCAAGUGAAUAUGUGCGCCGUGUUGGGAGAACAGCUAGAGGUGCCGUAGGGAAAGGAAAGGCAUUCAUUUUUGUGGUUGGGAAGCAAGUUUCUCUUGCUCAUAGGAUCAUUGAAAGGAACAAGAAAGGUCACCCCCUGCAUGAUGUACCAUAUACAUAGCCAUAUGACCAUUGUAAAAAGUGUCAAAUGAUACGGUAGACAUUGGAAUUUGAGUCAUGUUAUAUAGGCAUACCAAUUAUGACACCAGAUAUGACACCAUUGUGUCUCGUAGACACGUACAAACAAUAACUUAUUGUGCAAAACUGUCCGUGAAACAUAGUGGUGUCAUAUUUGCGCGUGUCAUAGUUGGUGUGUUUAUAGCAUUUUGAUAGGUUCACAUUUAAGAUGUGAUUUGCUUAAUGGUGAAAU